UUGAUCAGUCUGCUCAGGAAACUUCUGCUGGAGAAAGUCCUGGAGUCCAAAACCUGAAGAGGAGAGAGAUUUUGUGCAGUAUCCCUUCUCCUGCAGAGAAGAAAAAAAAGCACAUAUUUGACUUUUUUUGCAGGGUGCACUGCAGAGCCUGUAAUUAAUGUUUUUGAAACAGAUAGCAACCCUCUUCUUGGAUAAAGACUCUUGGCUUUAAAAAAAAAAUCGGAUUAUCUGACAGAGGCAUUGUGCUCAUUAGUCUACUUUUCCCCCAUCCUCUUCGCAUUUGAGUUUUUAUGCUAAAACUGAAGAACAAUGUUUCUGAGUUUCUGCCUCUUGGUGACAUUUAUCUUGGGGCUGUCCGGGUGCUUGGGCUCAUACGUGCCGUGCGAGCCGUGUGACCAGAAGGCGCUGUCCAUGUGCCCUCCGGUGCCCGUCGGCUGCCAGCUGGUGAAGGAGCCGGGCUGCGGCUGCUGCCUCACAUGCGCCCUGUCUGAGGGGCAGGCGUGCGGGGUGUACACCGGGACGUGCACUCAGGGGCUCCGCUGCCUGCCCAGGAGCGGGGAGGAGAAGCCCCUGCACGCGCUGCUCCACGGCAGGGGAGUGUGCACCAACGAGAAAGGAUACAAACCUGCGCACCCGCCCAUAGAUCGUGAGUCUCGGGAGCAUGAGGAUACCAUUACGACAGAGAUUACAGAGGAGCUGCAGCCUGCUAAAGUGCCACUCCUUCCCAAAGACAUUGUGAACAGCAAAAAAGUCCUCGCGCUGCGCAAGGAGCAGAGGAGGAAGCUCGGCAAGCAGCGCUCCAUUGGCUCCCCCAUGGACUACUCCCCUCUGCCCAUCGACAAGCAUGAGCCUGAAUUUGGUCCAUGCCGGAGAAAACUGGAUGGGAUCAUUCAGGGAAUGAAGGACACUUCUCGGGUAAUGGCCCUGUCUUUGUACCUUCCCAACUGUGACAGAAAAGGUUUCUUCAAGCGCAAGCAGUGCAAGCCAUCCCGCGGACGCAAACGAGGCAUCUGCUGGUGUGUGGACAAGUACGGCGUUCAGCUCCCCGGCACAGACUACAGCGGCGGGGACAUUCAAUGUAAAGACCUGGAGAACAGCAACAACAACGAGUGAAAAAGGGAGGACCACCCUUGACCCCCACCCCCCCUUGAACCCUAACCACCACGUGACCCAGGGCCCACGCCUCCCCUCUGUAUCACAUCUGUAUGCUCCGCCCUCCAUUCACUUCAAGAUUUUUUCAAGUUGAAAAAAAAAAAGGAAGAAAAAAAUCCAAACGAAAGAACAGGCUGAAAAAAAGACACCUGUAUUUGUUUUCUUUUAUAUUCUUGUGUUGACCAAGUACUCAUCUCUGAAUGAGCGGAACAGUCCCAGAAGAUUUACUCGAUCUCUUGACUCUUGCCCAUGGGACCCUUUUGUCUGAGGCCGGUCCCCUGGUUGCAGAUCAAUGAAAAUAUAUGCACAUUACGGAUAUAUUUUUAUGGAAGCUGGGGGUUUCAAUACUUGUAUGAUGUAAACUUAUCGCAAAAUCAUUGUGAAGAAAAAGAUGUAUCAGGCACAUUGGUUGAAAACAGAUCAGUUUUAGGCUGUGCAACAUGAUGCCACUGUGGAACUGAAAAUUGGGUUUUAUUUGAAAAGGAACAAAUAAUAGAUAGGGAUAUGCUGUAACAGUUGACUCUAUCUGGGUAUGUGGUUCUGUCAGAGCACUUAUGAAUAGGGGAACCUGCUUAGAUAUGUGUAACUUCACAAAAUGAUGUGUGCAUGAAUGCUUGGAUGUGUACAGUGCGUGCGUGUGGUAUGUAUCCGCCUGUGUUGGUGAAUGAUGGAGUGAGCCUACUAUGAAAAGAAUGUCCUUUUUUUUCUUUCUCUUUUGUUUGAUUUUGUCACAACAAGUAUUGCUAGCGCUUGAAGUGGUCUAGGGGCUGGCCUUCUCUUUAACUGAUGUAAAGUUUGUCUCGGGACACUGAUUGGAGGAAACAAAAGAGUAAAGCAGAUCGUCACAGAUGAACCUAUGUUAAGUGGCUCUUCGACAAUGUAGCUAGCCUGAUAUGCCAACUGUGCCUAUUGAAACAGACACUGCCAUGCAGGGCGACACAGAGCUCAGAGUCGGGCCAGUUGCUUCUCUGAUCCAGUUUUGUGAAGUGUAGUUUCGUAUGGUUUUUGUUUGUGCUGUUUUCUUUGCCUUCAGUGAAGUAAAGACCGCCCACUUUUGAGCCAUGUUCCUUAUCAAGUGGUUUCCCCUCAGUACUGCUUCUACAGUGUAACCAUGGUGUAUUACUUUUAAAUAUAGUUAUUGAAUGUUGUUUUUCUUCCUGUAGAAACAUAGUAUGACAACAAUGUAAUUGUGCUUGGAACAAAACAUAUUUUAGCCUGUAAAGAAUUUGAAUAGGUCCUUGUAGCCUUGUCAUGAGAAUGACCCAGAGUCUUUAGACUACAGGGCGGUCAAACAAGCUAACACUCUGCAACCCUUUGCUAACAUGCUUCCAUGCUAAGGCUAUAUAUCUAAAGGGAGCAUGAUUUAAUUAAAAAGGUUACAGGUUAUAACAGGGUCAUUAAGUAGAGUUGUUCUCUCUCUGUGUGCAAGUCACAGUGCCUUCCUUCAUGCAAAUACAUUUAAAUAGUGACGUGAAAGUGACAUGGAUAUCAAACGGGGCAAUUUCCUCUUUAGGACAGCCAGCCUGUGCCAGGGCUGAUACAGCGAUCAAGAGGUCUAUGUUUUAGUUCUGGUUAGGAGAAGAACAAUGAAUGUCCUUUAAAUGGCGUCAGCAACGCAUAGCAAAUCCAUUAGUAAUCUUUGUACCUCGGGGCAAUUCUGGAUAAGAAUGAUGUUUGGGGAGAUGCUGUGGUAGCACACUCAGUUAGCCUCCCUUAACUCUUUCUUUGACAACCAAUAAGCUAUGAUUCUUGCUUUUUUCAUGUAAAUGCCAAUGUAUAUGAUUGCCAGAGAGGGGAAGCCAAUGAAUGUUGAAUCAAGUAUUUCAGAAAUGCUAUGUACAUCCUCAAUGGCUUCCGGUUGUGAAUCAAGGUUCUUUGCCCCACUUCCAACACCAAAUCCCCACUACCACUUUCGAAAAAAGAAAAAAAAAGCAGCUUGCACUUAUUUCAGUUACUCAUUAUUGAUAUUGACACACAACGACAUCCUUAGAUGUGGUAUCAUGAAGUUGGUGGAACGGAAAAAAAGUAAUAAAAAAAACAGCCAUAAAAGCUAAAUGUUGGGUUAUCUUGUGCUUACCUUUUAAAGGUGGUGCUUUGAGGUGAUUUUUGUCGACAGGGGCUGUGCAGCCCAUGCCUGGGACCUCCAAUACAGCAACACCCUUUAGGGAAAAAUAGAUUUAAAGUAACACGCAGCUAGAGAUGUUCUCAUGGCCAAUUGCACAGAGAGUUGAGAUAAAAGAGACGGAGGGGAAAGGGUAGAAGAAGAGUGAGCGCCAUGGGCCUAGCCACUUCCCCGAUAUGGGGUCACCAAUUGCAUGACAUUAGAAACAGUUAGCAGGACAGUUGACAGGAACCACGGAAAUCUGGGGAAUACAAUACUUUAACCAGGAGCACUUUGAUACUCUUGAGCGAAAAACAAGGGAAUAUCUGGGACCGUUCACUAUCCGGAUCAAUCAUCUCUGUGAAUACUUCAAUGUUCCAUGUGUUUCUUUACUCUGUUGUUUGGAUUACAGGUGGAGGUUCAGUCUUAAAAAAGUCUAAUAAUGACUUACUGUUCCCCACGCCUGUUUGCGAGUAGUGACUUCCUCAGGUUUCUCAUUUCCGACUUGGUUUAAACUCAUAUUUCAUACUUUUGUAGUACAGUAACAACAAUACAAUACAACUUUUUUCUGAGUACAUAACACUUUCUGGAUGUAAUGAGUCAAUACAAUUGGUUUUCAUAAUUUGGUGAUCACUGGCUUGUGAAACGGACCCAUCGGUGGCAGGAGGACAGUGGGAAAUUAAAAUGGUCAGUAUUUGGAACUACAACUAAAACGAAUAA